ACACUCGAUAAUGAGGUUCAUAGUCAAUAUCAUCAAUACUUCACUUACACUACUGCAAACAGUAGCGGUGGUCUUGCCAUAAAUUAUCAUGAGUCUCUGCGCUACAUUCCACGCAGUACAGUGCAGACAUGGAAAGAGAGGGACUACCUCAUUGUGUUUGGCAUUCCAUCCAUUGACAUUGAUGAGAGACGGAGACGCCGUUAUCUGCAGCGGACUACGUGCUGGCAGUACCCCGGUGUGGCACGGAGGGCGAAUAACUUCACUGGGGACAUGUUGGUGUUGUAUGUACUUGCACGGCACCCAUCACAGGGCUAUAACUAUUCUGAGUCACUACUGAAGGAAGUGGCAGAGUAUCAUGAUAUCAUUACACUGAAUAUAAACGAAGGUGUGUCUAACUUUCCUAAAAUGGUCGGUGGAUUGGGGUAUUAUAGUUUGGAGGCUCAGAUGGGUUUAAGCCAGAAGACAUAUAUUUGGUUUGAAAUGGCAGUUGGACUUUUCUCUAAGGUGAAUUACUUUUCUAAAGGCGAUGAUGACAUGUUUCUUUAUGUACCGCAGUUUCUUGCCGACUUGAAGGUGUUACCGAAACGCUGUUUGUAUUGGGGAAUGAUUUCUGGUCCACGUUCUCCUGCACAUAUAUAUUUUGCUAUUGGGGCCUGUUACACGUUGUCUAGGGAUGUUGCAGAGACGUUUCUUUCGUAUGAGCCGACACGCCGUUUGUUGAGUCUUCCGUACAGUCACACGCGACAAUCAGAGUAUCGCUCUUUAAAUGUUGAUUGUGAGGAUACUAUGGUAGCACGUGCGUUGCAUGAAGUAAAAUCUCAGUGUUUGGUUUUUGUGAAUGAAAGUUUUUGUCGCUUUCACGAUCUUCAUUAUAAUAGCUACAAACGUCGUGCUUCAAACUCUUCUGUGUUGCUGCAUCAUCUUAAAGAGAAGGAAUAUUAUACGUUGAUGAAGAUGUUUAGCAGCAGAACAGCAGAAACAGCAAAAACGUAUAAAAAUAUUGAUGGACGUAUCAUCUUCGAUUGCUGA